AUGUCCAAGCUGCUGAGAGGAUCUAAAAAGGUUCCUACACAAAUAGACCUUAGCAUCAUCGAAGUUAAAUCUAAGGUGAGCCGGGAAUUUUGUCACAAUCCUUUUAACUAACGGCGAUGCACUGACCACUUUGAAACGCGAGGCAACCUGAAUAGUAAUCCGCAUUACCAUUUUUUUGUAUAUGUAGUUUGAUGCAGAAUUUCGAAGGUUUCCAUUGGAUAAAGCGGAGCUUACGAAUUAUGAAGAAUUCCACAAGCGUGUACAGACCCUUCACAAGCUUCAAAACACUCCAGUGACACUUUGGUAUACUGAUAUGCAUGGCGAUUUGCUGCCCAUUAACAACGAUGAUAAUUUCCUGAGAGCUGUUACUACUGCUCGACCGCUUUUACGACUUUUCGUGCAAAGACAAGGUAUGUAAGACCCCCAACAGUCAUCAUAAAAGAUUGGCUGGCAUUUUAGUCAAUCUCUUUGCUAAUUCUUCGGUAAUUGAAUUCAUUCGACUAAUGUAUGAUUGUCUUAAAUUUUGAGGAUCCCAGGUCAGAGAAUAUGAUUAAUUCAGAUCAUUUUUGCUGAAAUAGAUAAGCAAAGCAAUUGUUUAUUUUUCUUCCCUAAGCCUUAACUUAUAUUAGUAGAGACUUACCGAUUAACUACUUGUGCAAUAUUUUUCCGUUGAAAAUUCGAUGACGCGAAAAUUAGAUUUUGACGAUGUAAACGUUGUGAUGUUUGUUUAUCAAAGGAACACCACUCUCAAAACUCGGUAUUCUUUCCCUAACUUUACUUCCUUUGCGUCAUCGAGAUUCCUUUCGAAACAAUUUUUGCGAUAAGAAUUCGUCUUAUUUCAAAGCAACAGUUGUAAUCUAAACUGUACAUUAAAUUUAUGAGGUGAGAAAAUAAUGCAGAAGUUUUUAGACGUACUUGACGAUUUAUUUCAAACGUCGAAUUACACCACUUGAUUAAAUUAAUUCUAUAUAGAUUAAUCGUUUUUUUUUUCUGAGCGUUUCUUUGUUACUUUAUUUUUGAUAUUUUCUGGUAAAUCUUAUUUUGAUAGUGCCAAGUAUUCAUGUCUUAUUUCUCCCGAGAAAUAAAAAUGCAGUCUACAAAUUAAAGAGAUUCAGCAAUUUUUAUGUAAAUUCUAUCAUGUUCAUACAACACCAUAAGCACUUGAAUUAUGUCUGGAAUUUGUGUUUUUCAUGACCAAUUGUGUGUAAAGUAAAAAACUGAUCCUAUUUUCCUUUACAACUAUCUUCGUUUUGAAUGUUUACUGAGUGACAUAAAUCCCAGUUGAUUUGCUCUUUAUCAGGAGUGUGCUAAGCAACCAUGCAUUUACAGUGGAAUAUACUUUAUUCCUCAUUAGCGCUAUCUUUGCAUGUGCUUUAGGCUCGAUGGCUUAAAAACAAUGUCACUUGGUAUUUCAGGGGGCAAGCAAGGGAUAAAAAUUGCCAUUACAAAAAGUAAUCACAAUUAUUGAGUUUGUUUAUUCUAUCCAAACAAGAUGACGAUUUAAUAGACAUGCCAAGUGUACAGUUCAAGUUUCAACAAGAUUUACAUCACUGCUUGCUGUGAGGACAUCUACGGUCACUAUAAGCAUCUAAAAAAGCAGCAACGGUUACUUCCACCCGUAAUUUACCAUUAUUGUCUCUAAAGUGAAAAAAAAAUCUUUAUUUUUUUGUUGCCUAUCUAGAAUAGACAAAAUCGACGGCAAUUUCUUGCACUGGCAAAUUUUAUGUUAUUUUUGUUUGUCCCCUGAGAAAUCAUGUUACAUUGCUUUUAUCCCGUCUGUCCUUAGCACACGCAAAGAUGGCGUGUAUCGCAAAUAACAUCUAUUGAUAUGCAGGUCUGGGUGUGACUGGAAACCUUGGGUGUGAAAUGAUCCUAAAGAUAAUUAGCUCACCUGACCUUUCUAGAGCAGCCUGAGUUUAUAAGUUGGCAUAUUUUCCUUUUUCAAGAAUUUUUUUGAUGUGGAAUAAUGGUGUAAAACAAAUUUUGCUGUUUUGUUCUAGGUAGUGUCACGGAAGAGAAUCCCCUUCCUCCAGAAGUACCUAGGCGACGCAAUUUGUUAUCCAAUCUUACAAACCCUAACAAGUCACACCUCAGUAGAAUACAAAUUAGUGGUCCUCAAGACUUCCGUCGGGUCUCAGCAAUUGUUGAUGUGGACAUUAUUCCUGAAACUCAACGCCGAGUAAAAUUAUUGAAGCACAAUACUGACAAGCCCCUUGGAUUCUACAUACGCGAUGGAACCAGUGUUCGCGUUACGCCUAGUGGUUUGGAAAAAGUUCCAGGUAUUUUUAUUUCGAGAUUAGUCCCUGGAGGGCUAGCUGAAAGCACUGGUCUAUUAGCAGUGAAUGAUGAAGUUUUGGAGGUUAAUGGUAUUGAAGUCGCAGGAAAAACUUUGGAUCAGGUGACUGAUAUGAUGAUCGCUAAUAGUCACAAUCUUAUCAUAACAGUAAAGCCGUCAAAUCAGUUUAAUAACCCAGUCAUUGGUGCUAGGUUACAUCGCGCCGCCGAACCAGAUCGUACAAAAUCUCAGAGCCUGACGAACUUAGCAAUUCAUUCAAUUAAUCCUGCUUUGGAACCAGGAUCCCCAACAAUCCCACAUGCUUAUCACAAUGAAUUAGCAGAAGAAAUACCUGACAGUGAUGAAGAAGACCACCCUACCGUCGAUGAGGAUGGUAUUUUAUCAAUAUAA